CUUCUCCGGGAAUCAUCAGAAAACAGAAAAGUCAAGCUGCUGCGGCGGCAACGGAUUUUCCUCUCUUUUCUAACCUUAAACCACCGUUUCUACAAUUGGAAUGAACUUCAAAGGUCCGUGAAGGAGGCACAGGCGCUCCGAGAAACCGCAAAGCGAAGGAAAAUGUACAAUACACGCUUGGGAUUGACAGACUCGAUUCAGAUCUCCCUAUCUGGAAAACUCUGACAGGAUCCCAUGAAAGUACAAAACUCUUACCAAUUGCAAAGGAUUACAAGUUCUCUAGGAUCUCCAACGAUGAUACUCUACCUGUGCUUUUUAUGUCUCAUCUCAGUAACGGGUGCAGUCCUGGAUAUAACGAUGAUCUCCAAUUCUGAGGCCCUCUCUGCUAAAGACUUCUUCAUGACCUGUGUGUCGGGGAAGCGGGACUCUCUGAACCUGCAGAUCAGGAAGGAUAACAACAUCAUCAAGUUGGCAAAUCAGCCCCGUUUCAGUGUGACCAGAACCAAUGACCAGGAGGUUAGAGCCACUGGAUUCAGACAAAUUGAGUACCAGGGCAUCUUUUACUGCACUGGCACCGGGGACUCAGAGCAUACAGAAGUGAUGCUCAUCAAUAACUACGGAGCACAAUUCAUACCAAAAGGCCUCACAAUUACUGUGAAUAAAGAUGAGACAGUGCAGCUGCCUGUGAAGGCUGUCAUCGACCGUAAAACAGACAUCAUGUGGAAAUUUAAUGGAAAUUACUACCAUAUAACACACUCAGCAGACAUCACCAAUGGUACAGCAGUUCUCAAAUUGGAUGAAGUGAAACUGAGCGAUAGUGGGGUCUAUAGUGCCUGCUAUAUGGGAGACAGCCCACUCUCCAGUGUCUAUUUCAGACUCAUUGUCAGAGCUUGUGCAGAGAAUAAGUGGGGCCCUGAAUGUGACCAGGACUGUCCUGAGUGUCUAAAUGGGGGUAUCUGUCAUGACAAGGAAGGCGACUGCAUCUGUCCUCCAGGAUUUAUGGGGACACGCUGUGAGACAGCCUGCCGUGAGGGAAGGUAUGGGCGAAACUGUCAGCAGGCGUGCAAUGCAGAGAGGGGAUGCAAGGGCCUGACCUUCUGCCAGCCAGACCCCUACGGCUGCUCCUGUGCCAGUGGGUGGCAGGGUCCAAAGUGUAACACAGCCUGUGAUGAGGACUACUAUGGCGCUGGCUGUCAGCUGAGAUGCAACUGCAAGAAUGGAGGGACCUGCAAUCGAUUCAGUGGCUGCCAGUGUCCCACAGGGUGGCGAGGGCAACAUUGUGACAAGUCAGAUCACGCACCCCAGAUUUUGGACCUUAUGAGCAACUUGGAUUGGAACAUGAACUCCAGUCCAAAGAUCACCUGCUCAGCCACUGGGAACCCCCUGCCAAGCCACAGCAGCAUUGAGCUACGUAAGCUGGAUGGCACCAUCCUGAAGGCCACCCGCACCACUAUGGAUUCUGACAAGAGCACAGCGCUCUUUGAGAUUCCUCGGCUCAGUAAGGACCAUGGGGGGCUCUGGGAGUGUCGAGUCUCCACAAACGGGGGCCAGGACUCCCGCAAGUUCAACCUGACCGUGAAAGAGCCACCCUGCCCUUUGACUCCACCAAAACUUCUGGAGAGGAGAAGCAAACAGCUGAUUCUGCAGCCUGUGGAUGCCUUCAAAGGAGAUGGUCCUAUCAUUUCCACCAAGAUCCUUUACAAACCAAUGGAAAGUGAGGCCCUCUGGUCCUCCAUCAUUGUUGAAAGCCGUGAGCCCAUCACAUUGAUGAACCUGAAGCCCUCCACCAGAUAUCAAGUUCGAGUCCAGCUUACUCGUCCUGGGGAGCAAGGUGAGGGCACUGAAGGACCUGAGGCCAUUGUGGAAACGGACUGUCCAGAGCCCACGCUGAGCCCGGUGAUUGAUUUCAUCUCGGUGGAAGGUCGUAACGUGACAGUGCGGUGGGUUUUGCCUGGGAACCCCGGUAUGGCCAGUGGCUAUUUAGCGAUACUCUACGGACCCUCCCAGGAGAAGCUGUGGCAAGAGACCACCUCGCUCAAUGUGCUCUCCACCACAUUCCACAACCUGGAGUACCACCGCGACUACCAAGUGGUUGUCACGCUGGUCAACUGUGGCAGUUGGGGGCCGCCUUCCAAGCCGUUACCCUUCCGAGUCAACAGCCAGGGACCAUCCUCCCCAAGAAAUGUCCAGGCGGAAAUCCUCCCCGCCAACACUGUCCGGCUGAAGUGGGAGCCCCCCCUGGAUCCCAACGGUGGCAUUGUCAAGUACAUCAUCGAGUAUCAGCUGGCGGGUAAGAGCCAGUGGGUGGACAUCGACGAUGGCAACAAGACCACCCAGGACAUCAGAGCUCUCAAUGGCAGUACCCUCUACCAGUUCCGGGUCCGCGCUGUCUCCAAGGUCCCGGGUCAGUGGAGCAAAUUUGUCAGUGUCUGGACACAGGGGGAUGGUCCGCCCAGUUUCACCCCAACGACACAGGAAGUUGGAGCUCGGCCAGUGGUGGAAGGUUACCAGCUGCUCCUGGCUGUGGUGGGCUCGGUGUCCGUCACUUGCAUGACAAUUCUUCUGGCCUUACUGGGGCUCUUCUGCAUCCGCAAGAACCUCUUACAUCGGCGCAGGACCUUCACCUAUCAGUCAGGGUCGGGCGAGGAGACUAUCCUCCAGUUUAAUUCGGGAACCCUGACGCUAACCCGCAGACCCAAGCCACAACCAGAACCCUUGUCAUAUCCCAUCUUAGAGUGGGAGGACAUCAAAUUUGAGGAUGUCAUUGGGGAGGGCAACUUCGGACAGGUCAUAAAGGCCAUGGUCAAAAAGGAUGGUAACAAAAUGAGUGCUGCGGUCAAGAUGCUGAAAGAAUUUGCCUCUGAAAAUGACCACAGGGACUUUGCUGGAGAGCUGGAGGUUCUUUGUAAGCUGGGUCACCACCCUAACAUCAUCAACCUGAUAGGAGCCUGUGAAAACAGAGGGUACCUGUACAUUGCGAUAGAAUACGCCCCCUAUGGGAACUUGCUGGACUUCCUGAGGAAGAGCAGGGUCCUGGAGACAGACCCUGCCUUUGCCAAAGAGCAUGGCACCGCCUCCACCCUCACCUCCCAGCAGCUCCUGCAGUUUGCUGUCGACGUGGCAACCGGCAUGCACUACCUCAGCGAGAAGCAGUUCAUUCACAGGGAUCUAGCAGCAAGGAAUGUCCUUGUAGGUGAAAAUCUGACAGCUAAAAUUGCAGACUUUGGACUAUCCAGAGGGGAGGAAGUUUACGUGAAGAAGACCAUGGGUAGAUUACCAGUACGAUGGAUGGCAAUUGAGUCAUUAAACUACAGUGUCUACACAACAAAGAGUGAUGUCUGGUCUUUUGGAGUGCUUCUAUGGGAGAUUGUCAGUUUAGGUGGAACUCCUUACUGUGGAAUGACCUGCGCAGAGCUCUAUGAGAAGUUACCGCAGGGAUAUAGGAUGGAGAAACCCAGGAACUGUGAUGAUGAGGUGUAUGAGAUGAUGAGACAGUGCUGGAGGGACCGACCGUACGAGCGACCCACCUUUGCUCAGAUUUCUGUACAGCUCAACCGAAUGCAGGAAGCCAGAAAGGCCUACGUGAACAUGGCUCUGUUUGAGAACUUCACCUAUGCUGGAAUAGAUGCCACUGCCGAGGAAGCAUGACAUAAUCUUAGCCCUCUUUCCAGAUGCUGGUAGGUUUUGUAGCCUUGCAGCAUGAAACCUGAGAAGGAAAUUGCACUGCAGCUCAACUGCCAAACCUCUGGAAUUAAGACUCCUUAUAAACCACAAGGACACUUUGGUAAAACAGUGAGAGGACACUGAAAGCAGGGAAAAAUGCCUUUUUGACUUUAAAAUCCAUGACAUGGACUUCUCAAGAGUGGCUCUACAGAGAAAUCUGAAACCAGUUUGAGUUUGACUGUGCUUCGUUUUUGCCUCUAAUGAAGAAGAGGUGCAAAAGUGACAUCUCUACACUCACC